CAACUGACAAGAGGCGACGAUCGAGAUAAAAUUAAACAAGCAAAGUAUCUGGUAUCGGUCAAUCAUCACGUAUCAAGUAUAGGGCCUGGUUUUGCUCCCGGUUAAUUAUUUAUUAGUCGGGAGCCUUGGGGAGCUUUGCAGACCAAAAUUGGCUAGAAGCUGUGCGGCGAUGACCCGCGAUCAUGCGCGUUGUCGGCAGUCAAUAGUUCGCAAAUCCGGGUUAUAACCUCAAAGGAUUUAUUUAUCUUGACAUUAGUGGUUUCAGUGAAACGACCGUAUUCACGUUUACUUUGACAUAAAGUAACCAUGUGAUGUGUCAGCUGAUCGCCCACAGCGUUGUUUGUUAAAAUAAACAAAGCAACUAUUCGAUUUCAUUCAAGGCUGCCAAGUUUCGUACUCGUUGAAUUUUUUCACGGAUUCGGGAGGGUCGACGAAAAGAUGGGUCACGGAACCAGUCGGUCGUCGCCAUCGGGGAAUAUUCUGUCAGCGGAGGAGCAGAGCUUGGUAGAGAAUUUAUUUAAGUCAAUGUCAAGGAGUUCUGGAUCGAUAAAAAGAGAGGAUGUUUUUAAGCACUGGUCGACACAUUUGGAUGACUAUUUGCUGCAGUUUGUUGUGAAAUUUUUGUGCCACGAACCGGGAAAAAAAUUAUCUGCUAUAAAUGGGGAGAAUUUUGGUCGGCUUUAUGUCUUUGCAGUUAGAGGUAGUGCCGAUGAACGUGCGACAUUAAUAUUCAAAGGAUUUUCAGAAAACGAACAGAAGUAUGAAAUACCCAGGACUUGCUUUCUCCAAUACGUCGAGGCGACGGUAAAUUCGUAUUUGAAAUUACAGAAGAAUAGUGCUAACCCUCAUUAUAACAGCUGGAGUUUGAUCGGUUGCGCAAUAAAUACUCGAAGGAUAAAUCUUUAUUCUCAAAGUCUUUGCGAAGGUUUGGGAAAUAACGAAGAUAUCAUAAUGUCCGACGAACUGGAGAACUGGUUCUCUCAGGCAGCUAAUUUCAAAUCGAUCCAAUCACACGUUUUCAAAAAUUUGUUUCUCAUAUCGCAGAAAAAGGGGGAUAAGAACACUAGCUUAAAAAUCAAUGAUCUUAAUUUGAUGCCUGUUUGCAGAGGCUUGGAAAAUAUACCUCAUUUCCCAAGCAUCCUGGGACUUAGCGAUGUUUUAUUUUUGAAUCUAAGUCUUCCGCAUGAGCUUAGAAACGAAUGGCGAUUUUUAUUCUCAAGCCAGAUACACGGAGAAUCUUUCUCGACAAUGUUAGGUCGAAUUUCUAUGCAAGGCGCAACAUUACUGAUAGUACAAGACACAGAAAAUCAUGUAUUUGGAGGAUUUGCCCCAGAUAAUUGGUCUCUGAGUCCGAAUUUUACUGGCAACGAUAGUUGCUAUCUUUUUAAACUCGAACCAAAGAUAAUAACUUUUUCAGCAACAGGAUAUAACAAUCAUUAUCAGUACUUGAAUUUGCAUCAGCAAACCAUGCCGAAUGGUUUACUAAUGGGUGGCCAAUUCAACUAUCCCGGACUUUGGUUAGAUUGUGAAUAUGGUACGGGAAAAUCUAGCGUUUCUUGUACAACUUUUCAGAAUUAUUCGCAACUCAGUGGGUCAGAAAAUUUCACAAUUAAACAUUGUGAAGUUUGGGGUGUUGGACCCUUGCCUGAGACAGAUGAAAAUGAGAGAGGUGACUCAAUAUUGGAUCAAGAUCCGGCAGCCAAAGUUAUCCUAGAAUUAGCUGGGCGAACGUUACAUAGCGACGGUCUUAGAGAUAAGAAACGAGAUAAGAGCGGUAAUUUUGUUAACUAAGAUUUCAGACUAUGAUAAGAACGAAAAUAACUGAAAUAGUAAUUCUAAGGAUUUACGAAACUGCACACUCCUGUUAUUCGGGUAAUAUUAAUUGCCAUCGUUUUCAAAGUAAAUUAAGCAAGGUAUAUUAAUUUCAAUCUUUUCAUUGUUAGAAAUAAUUAGUGAGUAAUGCCAAAGAAUGCGAGAUCAUUUUAUCUCUAUUGCAAUAUACAAGUAAUAAAUGCAAUACCUCAAUGGCCUAAUUCAAUACGAGAUAAGUAAUGCAAUCCGGAAGUCGAUGGAGAUUAAACUUAUUGUACAUUUUCCAGUACACUUGUUUUUUAACACUUGAAUGUGAUUUAACGACUUUAAAUUAUUAUGCGUGUUCGGUUACAAGAACUUUUGUGUAAAUAUACAUAGUACAUUAAGUCACUGUUUUAGAAAUAUAGACUGUUUAUAGCGUUAAGUGCGAAUUUAACAUUUUAUAUAACUUUAUGUCAUUGUUAUGGAAUUCUAUUUUCGACUGUAAUAUGAUUAAUCAAUUCUCAAUUUCAAUCUUUGAGAGCAUGGAAAAUUUUUCUAAUGUACUAUUACACUGUCUGUUACUGUAAUAUAAAAUAAAAUAUAAUUAAUUUUUCUUUGAGAAGUACAUUCGCUUGGUGUUAGCUAAUUUCACUAAUUCGGCCUGAUUUGCCAUGUCGUUAAUAUAGUAUAGCUGUUGAUUAUAAUUUAUUUGUAUACAGUGAAAUCCUGUUGUAGACCUAUUUGUU